GCAGUAGUUCCACACGUUGUUUUGCACAGUUUCUUGAAAAUUGUCACACAUUUCGCCUUUUAGUAGGAUUAACAUGUCGUUUUGUUUGUUGUUCUUCUCUGUUUGUCGCAGUUAGACGUAUGUUUGUACAUUUAUCAGCUGUAGUUUGAGUUAGGGUGUGCAGCUGUGACAAAAGCAAAGGAAAUAAGGUAAACACGUUAGCUGACUAGCUAGCUUAGCUGAGCGUCAGCAGCAUGGCAGAGGUGGUGGGGCUCAUCGCUGGCUGCUACGAGCAGAUCACCUUCGGUUACAGAGUAAAACCUGGAGAAAAUGAGUGGACGGUCAAAGCUGACUUCACGCAUCAUGCUCACACAGCCACAGUGUCAGUUGUGGCAGCCAGUGAGAGGUUUGUGGUCACAGGAAGCAAAGAUGAGACCAUUCAGGUGUACAACAUGAAGAAGAGAACUGAGCACGGAGCCCUGCUGCAACAUGAAGGCAGCGUCACGUGCCUUGAGUUUCACAAAUCUCACUUACUGAGCGGAGGAGAAGAUGGACUCCUGUGUGUGUGGAGCACAAAGAAGUGGGAGUGUGUGAAAUCCAUCAGAGCUCACAAAGGUCACAUCACAUCACUCGCUGUCCAUCCUUCUGGAAAACUCGCUCUGACAGUUGGGACGGACAAAACUCUGAGGACUUGGAAUCUCACAAAUGGAAGAUCAGCUUUUAUUAAAAACAUCAAACAGAAUGCACAUAUAGUCAAAUGGUCUCCAGAUGGAGACAAUUUUGUGGUUGCAGUAAAUGACAACAUUAAUAUCUACAAGCUGGAGUCGGCUUCGGUGAUAGGAACAGUCACAAAUCCCAAGAGGAUCUCCUCUCUGAAGUUCUUAAAUAACUCCAUCCUGGCUGUUGCAGGAGACGACGAAACUGUGCGGUUAUGUGAUGUGCAAAAAGCCAAAUGGGUGUGUGAGUUCAAGGCUCACGAAACCAGAGUGAAAGCAGUUGAAAGUUUGAAUAUGGGGGACUACUGCAUGUUGGCGACAGCUUCAAAUGACGGUUUCAUCAAAAUGUGGAAAAUCCACCUGAAAGAGGAGCUGGAGUCUCCUAUUCUUCUGGGGGAAGUGAACACGACGGCUCGACUGACGUGCCUCGCUGUGUGGAAACCUUCAUCGGUGCAGCAGGUUGACGAAGAACCAACAUCUGAGGCAACGACAUCUAAAGAACCUCAGCAGCUCGUGAAGAGAGUCCGAGUUGCCGCAGAAGAGGUCGUUAUGGAGGAUGAAAGCAAACCCAAAAAGAAGAAGAAAGAUGGUGGAAAAAAGACUGUCAAACAAUAAAAAA